CAGGCAUUGUCGCUUCCACACUCCACAUGCGCUUCGACAUUAUCUCAUCGCACUGCUACGUCCGCGUCCGCUCUUCGCUUCGUCGUAUUCCGCCGGUCACUGGCGGGCCGUUUAUCGCUUUUUCCUCCUGGAUACCUCGCAGUUGGGGAACAAUGGCUCCUGGGCGGUCAACGUUAAAUAGAAUCGGGCUUUGCAUCCCUCGCUCAACCUCUCUUCUCAACCAGCCACCCACCCGGAAUCCCUUGUCCAUCUGCAUAUAUUGGUCUUCAUCUGCACGCACGCUCUUCCCCCGGUCACUCGCUCACCGGCCGAUCCACCUUGCCACUGGGUUUGGUUCCUCAGCGACAUCGUCAUCUGCUCGGGUAAAAGUCUUUCAAUAUCCCAGACCGACAAAAAGGACUGCGUGGCGUUCAUAUUCCACAGUUGUCGUCCACAACAAGGGACAAGCACGUGUCCGGCGGACAAUCAGCUUCCUCCUCAUCAGCACCGUCUUCUUUGCAGUCGGGACCUAUUUUGCCGUUACAUACGCCUCCCCUAUCCCCACGCCCUUGAUCAUGGGUUCCAUGCCCUCGGACGCCGAAACCCUCUCCCUCUACUCUCCCGACAAUGACUUUGCACGCGAAGUCGACGAACACAUCAAGAACUGUGCUCUGGCGCAGUCCUUGCGAGCCAAUCCAGAUUUCGUCGAAUCUAGACCCCAUCUCAAAAUUCCCGAAGAAAUGAGACAACAUAAUCUCACGGCAGGGACAUUGUCCGGCCCGGGAAUGAUCGUGGUGCCCCCAUAUUACUUCAACGAGAAAGAUGGGAAAUCAAUGGUACAGAUAUUCUACGUGGGAACUGAUGUUUCGGGACAUCCGGGAAUCGUGCAUGGAGGGUUUUUGGCGACCAUGUUGGACGAAGGACUUGCGCGGUGCGCAUUCCCUGCCAUGCCGAAUAAGGUCGGAGUGACGGCCAAUUUGAACAUCAACUACCUCAAGCCGACGAUGGCGGGACAGUUCCUGGUCCUGAGGGCCAAGACGACAAAAGUCGAAGGCCGGAAAGCGUGGGCUGAGGGGUGGAUUGAGAGUCUUGAGGUUGCGGAAGGCGAGGAGGCCGUCAAGCUGGUCGAGGCCAGCGCGUUGUUCGUUGAACCAAAACACGCAAAGGUGUUAAAAUCCCUUUACAGGGUGACCCCAUCAUGAGGGAUUCCGCCCGGUUGGAAAUCGUCUUCCUUCUUUCCUCACGACCUAAGUGUCUUCAAAACGCUUCAAGAGAUUCACAAAAAGCGGAUAGAAUUGUAGGAUGGAGUACAUACAGAGAUCUUUACUUUGCUGGGUAGGAGAUGGUUUGGGGAUAUACCACACUAAGCAUGUGAUUUUGAACAGGUUGCCGAGAUGAUCAACUUUCUUGUCAACAAGGCUGAGGGUGAUUUGACGCAUUUAUAGCUGUUUCUGGUUUCUUUAUACACAUAGAGCGGUGCAUAGAUCAUGUGGAGACCUUAUAAACGGAGUGGGAAGAACGAGAAUGAAAAUCCAAACACACAUGCCAUAGCCUUUGCCGGCCACGAAAUUUUCCAAAGUCGUCAAGAUUGUACC